GACAGCAGUCUUUAUCAGUGUGAGCCAGCUGGCGCACUCCUAACUCACUCUUCUUCUGAAACAAACCAGAAGAAGCAAAGUCAUCCACAGAGGACGCGCAGAAACGAAGCUUGGCAACCAUGGCGGCGCUCCUGCUCCUGUGCCUUCUCUUCUUAAUUGGAGGUCCCAGGUCGUUGGCGUGCCCCCACCCCUGCUCCUGUCAGGGUGUUCAGGUGGACUGCAGCGGCAAAUCCCUCACCUCUGCCUCCAUGCCCUCCAGUUUCCCUGCAGUGACCACCGAGCUGCUCCUCCACGACAACCUGCUGAGCACCCUCCCCAACGGGGCGCUGGACGACCUGACGGAGCUGCUCUCUGUCUCCCUCCACGGCAACCCCUGGACGUGCGACUGCGGCAUCCUCUACCUGCGAGCCUGGCUGAGACGCCAGCCCGCCCACGUCACGUCCCAUCUGGGGGUAAACUGCAGCUCUCCUCCCAGCCUGAGAGGCCGGUCUGUGGUGUAUCUGACCGAGGAGGAGGUGCUGGAGACCUGCCACUACUGGUACUGCAACCUGGCCCUCGCCUCUCUGGGCUCUCUGAUUGUGUUUGUGGUGAUGCAGGCGGCUUUGCUGGUGGCUCUCCUCGUUUUCCUGAAGAGAUUCGAGAGGCUGACGAGGGAGGCCAAGCGAACCACAGAGGAAAGCUUCACGGUCGGGGAUGAUGACUGAGAGAAGGAUUAUGAGCGUUUAAAGGACAGCAGCGUCUGAGAUGAAGCUGUUAAAAUUGCCUCACUGUAGGGAAGCCUGGUUUGACGACCACAGAUGCUUACACAGGUUCAGGUUAAAUGUCAGGUCAAACUGGACAUUGUGAAACUUUUGUGACAGGAUCAAGACUUUACUAUAACAUUUUACGUUUAAUUUUAGUUUAUUGCCACUGAUCAUUAUAAACUAUUAUAAAUCAAAAAUAUGCAGAAAAUAGCCAAAACAAGAACCCAGCCAGGGUUAAAGCCAUUGGUAGUUGUCCAAGGAUAUGUUGUCAUAGUCUUUCUGGUUUUGCAGUUAUUCGUUGUUUUGUUUUUAUUCUUCUUCUUUAAUUUAUUAAACUAUGGAAUAUGCCAUGUGGGCUGUGCAAUUGGCAGCAUCGUUGCCUUGCAUCGAGAAGGUCCUGGGUUUGAACCCUGGAUUCUAUCUUGGGUCGUUCUGCAUGGAGUUUGCAUGUUCUCCCUGUGCAUGGGUGGGUUUUCUCCGGGUAUAACAGCUUCCUCCUACAGUCCAUAAGUUAACUGGUUACUCAAAAUUGCCUUUAGGUGUGAAUGUGUACAUGCAUGCUUGUCCUGUGUGUUUCUGUGUUGCCCUGUAAGACUGGCGACCUUUGCCAGGGUGUACCCUGCCCCUUGCCCAAUGACUGCUAGGGAUAGGCAGCCCCUCAUCGACCCUGCAAAGAUAACUGGGUAUAGAUAACGGAUGGACGUAAUAGACCAUUUUGCAUCUCUACGGCAAGAUAGUCCUGCUCAACAUGAGCUGCAAAAAAAUACAUAAACCAAUAGAUCAACAGGAAAAAAGGAGCUAAAAGGAAUGAUUAAUAAAACAAGAAAUAAAAAUAUCACUGUCCCAUACAUUUUGUUUUUUAUUUAUUUAUGUGUUUAUUCGUUUUUUAAGUUUUGACAAUUUAAUUGUUUAAAACGUUUUUUCAGCAGAUUUACCUACAUAACCUUUCACAUAUAUGUGUCUGUUCCCAAUGCACUUUGGUACUACCACACAUUUGUUCCAAUAUACCAAGAAGAAAUAAAACAGUUUAACUUAAAUGUCUUUUCAGCUAUUUUUGAUCAAAAUUAAAUUAGGUAAAGCGGUCAUCAUAAGUCUUGUUUUGUUUGUUUGUCAUUUGCAAUGAACAACAAUGUAAAUUUUAAAUGUAGUAAUUUUAAGAAAUUGUUUCUUUCUUUUCUUUCUUUAUUUGUCAUUACAACUAUACAUUAUAGUAUAUUCCAACAAAAAAAUUCUGUUGCCUUUUUUAUGUAUAUGUUGUGUCCUGCAAACUUUUGCAGGACACAACACAUACAUUUGCAGGACUCUUUCUAAUUUUCAUGUCUACUUGUUUGUUUCUUUGAAUCUAUAUAUCAGAUAUUUUGAAUUAUGAUUUAAAGACAAAAAUAAAGAAGUGAA